AUGGGCUUCAACCAAGCACUAAAAGCCGGGCUCCUCCAGUCUCUGGGAUCAGGCUGGCGCGUAGGGCUGAGCACAGGCAACCCAACAAGAACAAGUGUCCGUGUCGAGGUCAAACCUUCACAUCACCGUCAUCACCGCUACAAUGGCUGGGAUCCAAUGGUGAUGCCGCUUAUUACCACCCACCUUAAUAUUGGUGAAGCUGGAGCAGAAACGGGUUUUCUUCCUAAAACAAAGAUGCUGUGUCAGUUGAAGCGAGUGGAAGCAAUGCUUGCAUCGUCAGAGUGCUCGAAUGAAAUACGAAGCAGCGCUUGGAAAGUCAAGAAGAAAAAGCAAAACAUGUUGAUAAACAUCAUGAAUGGAGAUACCUACAUGCAGUUACUCCACGGAUCAAAGACCUCGGCACCCGCGCUGUCGCUGUUUGGUUCAGACUGCAGUGGUGUCCACAUGGGCACCCGGUUCACAUUCCAGCGGUCGGCCGCCCCAAGCAAAUCUGUCUCUGAGACUCUGAGUUUCUGA